UUUGAGCGAUUGCUUCUGCCUGCAGCUCGCACGGGCCGCGGAAGAUGGCGGAGUGGUUUGGCCAGGAUCGGGGUUCUCGCCCCUCGGCCGGGUCGGAGGAAACGUGGUGCCUCAAGCGAGUGGGUACGAGUGAAGAAUGGUUGUUGCUGGAGGAUGGGAGCGAGGUGACAAUAGGUCGAGGAGCUGGUGUCACUUACCAACUGAUGUCAAAAUCCUGUCCAUUGAUGAUCUCUCGGAACCAUUGUGUUUUCAAGCAAAACACUGAUGGCCAGUGGACAGUGACAGAUAACAAGAGUCUAAAUGGUGUCUGGCUGAACUGUGAACGCAUUGAUCCAUCAAGGGCCUAUCCUUUACAAGAAGGUGACUUUAUCCAAUUAGGAGUGCCUUUAAGGCACAGAGAAAAAGCUGAGUAUGAAUACACAGUAAUAAAGGAAGAAUGGAAGAAAGUUAUUCCAUUUUUAGCACUGAAAAAUGAUCAGCUGACUGAGAAAACAAAGGACAUGAGGGCUAAACGUAAAAUUAACUUUGAGGAAUCGGAGGCAUCUGGAGCAGAAGGGCCUUCCAAUUCAAGAUUCAAAAGAGACAGAGCAUCUUCCAAUAAUGACUGUUUAGGGAAAUGUGAAGGAGUCAGGGCAGAACUGUCCAAACAGCCAACAGAAAACUUGGGUAUAAUGCUCCUUCCUCCAAAACCAAGCAAGAAAGAGAAAAAGAAAAAUCACUGUAGCACUACUCAGCCUGAGCAGCAUGGCUUAUUACUUCUCUCUAAGGACCAAAAAGCUCCAAAUUUGGCACAGUCUUGGAAUGGUUUGGAACAAAUAAUGAAAACUUUGGCAGAUAUGACAAAGCUAAAAGCCAAGAUGCAGGAGAAGCAGACAGCAGUCUUGAAUGUGAGACAAAAAAACAAAUAUGCUCCUAAAGAGAUCCAGCUUUUGGAGCAAGAGUUGCAAGACUUGAGGGACCAGAUAUGUACUGAGCAAGAGCAUCAGCAGCAGCGAGUGGAACAGCUGGAGAAAACCUUCUAUGAAGAAUUGGAGGGAGCAAAGGAGGAACAAGGGGAAGAGAAAUUGAAGGAACAGCUGGCCCAGGUCUUGAUUCAGCAUCGUGCUCUGAUGGAAGAACUGAACCGUAGUAAAAAGGAUUUUGAAGAAAUCAUUAAAGCCAAGGAUAGAGAGUUGAAAGAGACAAAGGAGGAGAAGGAGAAGGCAAGAGCACAAAAGGAGGAAGCUUUGAACCAGAUGAAUGAUGUACUGGAGAAUGAGCUGCAGUGUACAAUUUGCUCUGAACAUUUUAUAGAGGCUGUCACUCUAAAUUGUGCACACAGCUUCUGUUCUUAUUGCAUCAAUGAAUGGAUGAAGCGCAAGUUGGAGUGUCCAAUAUGUAGAGGGACAAUAUUAUCUAAGACACGGUCAUUGGUUCUGGACAACUGUAUUGAUAGGAUGGUAGAAAACUUGGAUGCUGACACAAAGCACCGGCGUCUGUCUCUUAUCCAAGAGCGAAAAGGGAAGCAGGUUGUUCCGGAGACCCUGGCAUCAGACAGUGAGAGCAGUAGUCUUACUUCUUCCUCGGACAGCGAGAGCAGUAGUGUUACCUCAACAUUAGACAGUGAGACCAGUAGCCUUACAUCUGUGCACUCCAUCAUGUCAAUAAGCAGCUACGAAAGUGAUGACUAUGAGGGGGACUCGGAUAGCCGUCACGUAAUCUGAAGCAUCUGCACUUCGCCUUUGCCGCCAUUUGCAGUCAACUCAGGGUGCUUUUUGGGCAAAGGAUCGGACACUUGGGACAAUUAAGAUACUGAUGUUUAAAUUGUAGAUUAAAAGGACUUGGCAGGGUCCUGUUCAUUUCUUAGGUGGAGUAUGAUAUUCUUAUCUCUGAAGCAUAUGACUGAAAAAUUGUAGAACUCAUUCAUUUUUUCACUCUAGGGUUAUGGUGACAAACAUCUGUUUCUGUUCCUGCUAUAAAAAUUCUGGGAGAGAAAGCACUACUUAGCUUGAUCAACCAUUGCCUUCUUAGUAGGUUUAACAAUGCUAGUUCAUCAGCUAAAUAGCUUAAACAUAUCCUGAUAAUGUAAUUGCAUCUCAAAGUGAAAUAUACUUGUGGCUUCAGAAGGAGAGCAAGGAUGUUGACUCUCCAGCUGUUACAACUUUUUAAUAAAGUUUGGCGAUAUUUGUUAAAAUUAAAUUUAUCCUAUCCCAAGCACCAAAGAGUUCUGUAUGUAGCUUUUCAGAAAAGCAUUUAAAGGCACAAGUCUCUGCAUAUUUAGACAGAAAAGGCCUACAGUUCCCAGCAUUCCCCAGCCACCAUGGGGGAUGCUAAGAAUUGCAGGAUUUUUUUUGUCCAAACAUACAUAGGACUGCUUGAUUAAUCAGUUUUCUUCAAGCCUUGUAGCCAGAGCAGAACAAAAAUAGUCACAACUGUAACAGUGUUUUACAAGGUGGAACAGCAGCAGCUUUGGCCUGUCAUUGGGCAGAUAGAGAAGAAAAAAGUAGCUGGGGUGGUACAGUGAAAAAGCUGUCUCUCUGAAAAAACAUGAGGCAACAAUUACAUAUUUAUAACUGCUCACAGAGCAUUGCUAGUCUUACAGUAAGUUUCCAGCAACCCAGGGUCCAUUUAUGGGGUUGUAGCUUCAAACAAGCAAGUAUGCCUAUGUUUUUUUCUCAUUUUGGUUGGCAUGUCUUAAAGCUGUAGCUUUUAUUUAAAGCUUUUAUUUAAAAGGUACAUAUUGUAUAUACAUUUUUUCAUUUUUGUGUCUUUUCAUGUAUUUUCAUAAGCUGAGAGCCAUCUUAUGUUUGUAAGGAAAAUAAUGGGUGGUUCCUCCACAACUCUUUUGUCUGUACAGCCAGUUGAUUCCAGCUAUUUUUUGUUGUUACUGUUGUUAGCUCUGAUGCCAGUGAAUGAUUUCAAAUUCAAAUAACUGGAUAUUUACUGUCAAAACAUUCUCUCUUGCCAGUAGUUGUAAGCCACCUCAGCAGUAUAUUACUGUCAAUAAAUUAUUGCAGCAGGUUCGUAAAUUUCAGGAUUUUGUUCAGGAUACUCUGUUCUGAAAAUAUUGUUGGUAUAGUUGCCUGUAACGGAUAACGGAUCUACAGGGGCACAUACAACAUCUCUGAUUGUGAAUUGUAGAGUUAUGUCCUUUCUUAAGUUUUGUUAUAAAUUACAUAAUAGUGCUUUGGGGGGAAAAGUGACAAAGUGUCUUUCUACAAAGAAAUACAUGCUUACAGAGAAGGAUCCUGAAACAUCUUGUACCUCCACCUUACUCAACUCAUUAACACUGACUUGCUAGCUGGAGGUCAUUACUUAUUAUUUCUCCUGAUCCCAACUAUCUGGCAAGGGUAAAAGUUAAUAUUUUGUUCUGCUAUUCCUGUUACUGUUCUGUAGAUUGAUAGAACCUCUGCAAAGAAAAGUCAUAUGCAUAUUGUUAUAUGACAACUGGAGGAUGUGAGAGUGUGUACACUGUGAAAUAGAUAUGCAUAUAGAUGUCACAAAUGGCAGUGUACAUUAUAAUUUUGUAUAUGUAAUUGAGCUUUCUGGUGGAAAUUGAAGAGUGGUCAACAUUUACUCUGGGGAUACAAACCAUUUAGCAUUUUCUUGGCUGAAGUAGUUCCUAGUCCUAUUAAAAAUACCACUUCACA